AUGCUCCGGGUUCUGCUGCUCUGCGGGGCCCUGGGCUGCGGGGCAGACCAGGCAGCCCCGCUCGCCUUCACCAUGCUGCAGCGGACCCGCAUCUCCAAAGGCAGCUCCGUCUUCUGGGGAAACGCCAGCCUGGACGGGCAGCUCAGCCACCUCCUGGAGGGGUUUAACGUCACCCAAGUGCUGCCACUGGAGCCCCCAGACGCCUGGGCCAGGCGGCAGCAGGCCGUGACCACCUACCUGUAUUACUUCAACCAGCUGGUGAAGCUCUUCAGCAAGGAGAGGCCCAUGAACU